AAAUUUCCCCCUUUUUUUACUCCAUCUAACUAGUUAGUUCUCCAUUACUCCUCCUCCUCAGACCAAAAUUCUCUCCAUAACUCUCUCCAUCAUGAGCAAUAACUAGUUAGUUCUCCAUUACUCCUCCUCCUCAGAUCAAAAUGGCUGAAAAGGACAUCAUCUGCAUUGUCUCUUCGCAGUAUAAAGCGGUAUUCUUGAAGAUUAAUUCUUCAACCACCAUCUUGGAUCUUAAGUUUGAUGCGGCAGAGAUGUUAGAUCUUCCAUACGAGUCAUUAAUUUUGGCAUACGAAGAUCAAACAGUUGGAAGCUUAAAAUUUCUCAUUGAGAACGAUGGUGAUCUGACGUCUAUGGUGGAGCAUUGCCACAAUCUUGGACUGAAAGAGGUUCACGUGCAAGCUUUUAAAGAAGGAGAUGAUUCUUCGAAUAAACAGGAAAACGAGCAAGUCCGACAAGACAUUUUGAAAUCAAAAAGUGUAGACUGUGGCCCGUCGGCGUUGUUGACCACAAGUGUUCCAGAUAAGAAUCCCAAUGACAAUCCUUCCGGAGAUGAUGUCAUGACGAUUGAUGACAUGAUUAGCAGAUCAGAGAGGAUUCCUGCUUGGUGGCACACAGCUUUAACCGGUGAGGGACAACGAUUUGAAAGUGCGAAGGAGUUAAGAUUGGCCUUGCUAUACUACUCCAUGGCAAAAAAAUUCGAAUACGAGUUUGGGAAGAAUGAACCGAAGCGUAUUCGAGUGUUUUGUUGGUUUAAGGCAGCAAAAAAUUGUCCGUGGAUGUUAUUUGCCUCUCCACCAAAAAAUGAUAAUAGACUUGAAAUCAAAAAGUUUGUGGACAAUCACAGUUGUGGGCAGCAUGACAAUAAUGCUGGUCAAUCUAGAGCCUCAAGGCGAUUCAUUGCUACCCAAUUACAACCCACGUUAAAGGUUCGACCGGAUAUACGGCCUAUUGACGUUCAAAAGGAGUUUCUAAGCUCGUAUGGGAUUAGGGUCGAUUAUAGUAAGAUUUGGUGGGGUAAAGAAAGAGCACAAGAGAAAUUAUAUGGUGAUGCCCAUGAGUCCUACGAUCAAUUACGAUGGUAUGUAGAAGAGGUCAAGAAGACAAACCCAGGUAGCUAUAUUCAUGUUGAACAAAAUGAGGGGAGGUUUACAAGGUUAUUCAUAUGCUACGCCGCCUGCAUAAAUGGUUUUUUAUACGGCUGUAGACCACUCUUAUUUUUGGAUGGUACCUUUCUUAAAGAUCGAUUCAAAGGCAUACUCCUAAGCGCCGUAGCAUAUGAUGGAAAUCAGGGGAUAUUUCCAUUGGCGUAUUGUAUAUGCGAUCAGGAAAAUAAUGUUAACUGGAAGUGGUUCUUACAAGGUUUGUGGUCUAUUCUCUAUGAAAGGCCAGAUCCAUACAACCCUCCACACAAGCUAGUGAUAAUUUCAGAUGCGGAUAAGGGGAUCAGAGAAGCAGUUAGAGAAUUUUUUCCAGAUUCUAUACACUCUCGAUGUGUGUUGCAUCUAGUUGAGAACUUCAGGACAAAGUUGAAGGAUUUGGGAUUCAAAUCAAAAGAUACUCAGAUCUUGGGUAAUCUAUUGCAAUCUGCCUGUUACAAAUAUACUAGAGCAGAAUGGAACGAUUACAUAGACGACAUUAGACUGGUUGACGAAAGAUCUUACAAUAUUGUGAUGAACUACGCUCCAGAGAACUUGGCCAAUGCGUUUUUCCCUGGAGUUAGGUAA